AAGUGAACAACAAACUCCACCAACACUUGCAAACGAAUAACCUCAAAAUAAUCCGCAAAUUGCUAUGAGCCAAGAAAGUACUGAGAAAGACUAGGGCCUCUCCUCAUUCAAACUCCAAACCCUAUCGUCUUGCGCUCGCCAUUUCUUUAUACCAUCACCAGCUUCGUUUUCGGAUCUUGAAUUUCAACAAUUUCCUAGUCCUGCCCCGGGAAGUAGAGAGGAAUGAAGCAAAGCCAAGAGGCCCGUCAGCGCAAAACAAUGCCGAGCAACAUCCACCACCAUGAACAGCCUCCUCAGAAGUCACUCCAGAUCAAGCAAGAAGACAAGUUCUUCUCCAAGCUCCUGUCAAAAGAGAGCUCGAGGGUGAACUCGUCUUCAAGAGUGCUCUACUAUGGAGGAGCCCCGCGUGCGGUGCCGUUCCAGUGGGAGUCGCAGCCUGGGACCCCGAUUCGCGACUUCGCGUCGUCGGACGCCGGCUCGUCCUUCCCUCCUCUCACGCCGCCUCCCUCGUAUUACUCGAAGUUGAAGUCGAGGAGGUUCAUGCAGAGCAAGAACAAAGACGGUCAUUCCAAGCCCAAGAAUGUUUCAUCGAAGAGCAACAUAUUUCCGAAAAUCAAUCCCAACACGAAGAAGCCGCACCACGUGUCGCAGUCGUCGUCGGGAUCAUCCACGUCUUCCUCAUCCGCGUGGUCAACGACAUCAUUUUCUUCGCCAUCAGUGGCCUCAGCUUCUUCGACGGAGUCCAAGCUUAACAGGCGAGACUCGUCUUGCGCUAGGUCCUCUCCAGUGCAUUUCAGGUUGGAGGACGCGAACAACAACGACAAUGAAGAAGAAGAAGAAGAAGAAGAUGAAGAAGAUAUGUUCGAAUUGCCUGUUUCGAAGUUGAGAUUAGGUGCGAGAAGAACGUUUCUACUGAAGCUCCGAAGUUGCUAUCCAGUGACUAACAUAAAGAGUACCUUCCUCUCCAUUAUUGGACAUGGUUCAGGUCAAGGCGGUGUAUAGAGCCAAAGAUUUUCGUUUUUUUUUAGUCAUUUAUCAAGGUUCUGGUUCAUCUUGCAGCCAUGUAUUGGAUGAUUGAAACCGCUUGUUUCGCGCUGUAUUCCCUUUUCUUGUUUGAUCUUCGACAUAAUGGGCUUCUUCGAUGUCGAGUUUCAUGUGCUGCACAGUCCAUUGGAAUUGGAGUUAGAUUUCCGUUUCUUUUUGUUUUAAAUAAAGAAUCGAUCAUUAUUAUAA